GGGCGGGGGCGGGGCCAAAACCGGAAGGGACGCGGGACUCAAGAUGGGCGCGAGGGGAGAAUGGAGGCUAGAAACCGCAGCAAGGAAACCCGAGAGCGCAUGCGUCAGGCCCAAAGCCGAAGUAGGUGAAGAAACUGAGGCUAGAGGUGACUUGCAGAGGAAAGGAAUGACACUGGAGAGGCAGAGAGGAGUGACCGCAGAGACAGAGGGGCAGGUGGGCCGGCCCAUGGCGGAGGCCUCGCUCCCACAGCUGAGCGGAGAUGCCGAAGUCACGCCUGGCCCCACUGUCCUGGAACUAGAGGAGCUCCUGAGGGCAGGGAAGUUUUCUUCCAGCCGCGUGGACGAAGUUUGGCCCAACCUUUACAUAGGAGAUGCGGCCACGGCAAAUAACCGCUUUGAGCUCUGGAAGCUGGGCAUCACCCACGUGCUGAAUGCUGCCCAUGGGGGCCUCUACUGUCAGGGCAGCCCUGACUUCUACGGCAGCACUGUGAGCUACCUGGGGGUGCCAGCCCACGACCUCCCUGAGUUCGACAUCAGUGCCUACUUCUCCUCUGCAGCUGACUUCAUCCACCGUGCCCUCAGCACACCCGGGGGGUCCUGGUGCACUGCGUGGUAGGGGUGAGCCGCUCUGCCACGCUGGUCCUCGCCUACCUCAUGCUGCACCAGCAGCUGUCCCUGCGUCAGGCAGUGAUCGCCGUGAGGCAGCACCGAUGGGUCUUCCCCAACCGAGGCUUCCU